AAAAAAAUCAGGCAGUAAUAUCGCUACAAUUUCUAGCACUUUCACUCUUGUCAUUGCAAUGAAUGUCGCACGGGGGCGCCACUGAACCCCAACAUUAAAGCUUUGUUUGUUUUCCUUUAAUUUAUUUUUUAAAAACAAGACACUCGUUUAUAUCACAUUGUUUUUCAAAUAAAUAUUACGUAAAAGAAAAGCAUGGUAACAGUGACAGCAAGCAAUAUCUUAUAUAGAGCUACCUUUUCGCCCGCUCAGCUGUGACGUCAUUCCCAGCUUCCGGGGUAAACGGAAGACAGCAGAACAGGAGGAGAAGGAGAAAGAAGUGUGCACGACGCUAAUAAGUCAGUCUUAUUAUUUGUUAUCCAGUUUAUAAUAUUUACGUCGUAUAAAAUACAUAUGGGAUUCGUUUUUAAGGAUAAAUUGGUCUCGAUGCACUAGAAGCACUGUGCCGCUUUUCGUGCUAUCUUUGCUUGUUAGUUAGCUUAGCUCGCUAGUUAGCUUAGCUUGUUAGCUGCUAACAGAAGACACAGAAGUUAUCAACACAUCGCUAAGUAGAGAUCAAGUGUGAGAGUAAAGUGUUGUGAUUGUGUGAAAAUGUGCCAAAGAAUGAUAGCAAAGUAUGAGGAGGAACUUUGUCCAACAAAAGAGGAGAAGGAGCGACAACAUCAACUACUGGACGCUGUUUUCAAGAAACAUCAAGUUGUGUUACACAGAACAGACCUCAAUAAAGAACAUCUUCCUCAUGAGCAGGAAGAAGAGCCACAGCCCCACCACAUUAAAGAGGAAAAAGAGGUACCACAUUCCCAACACAUUAAAGACGGAGGAGAGGACCCACAGCCCCCCCACAAUAAAGCGAAACAUGAGACGCCACAGACCCAUAAUGUUAAACUGACCCUUCACAUUAAAAGGCAAGCGGAGGACCCACUGAUCUUACACAUCAAAAAGGAAGAGGAGGAUCCACUGACCCCUCACUUUAAGGAGCAAGAGAACCGGCUGACACCUCACAUUAAAAAGGACGAGGAGGACCCACUGACCUCCUGCUUUAAAGAGGAAGAAGAGGACCAAGAGCCGCCGCACAUUAAAGAGGAAGAGGAGGAAGAGGGCAUCAGUCAGCCUAAAUGGUUGGAGGAGUUCCCAGUGACUGGUGUCCCUGUGAAGAGUGAAGAUGAUGAGGUGAAAGGUGAAAGUGAGGAGAGGGGAGGGGGGGAGCCUCCAAGCAGCAGCUCAACACAACACAUGACAACAGAAGCUGAUGGAGACCACUGUGGAGGAUCACAAGCAGACAAGCUCUUAGCUCCACUAUCAGAUAGUGAGGACACAACGUCACACUCUCCUGACACUGAUGAUGAAGACUCUAAAGAUGAUAAGACAUGUCACACUGACAACACUCACUUCACAUCUUCUCACUGUCACAAAACCUUUAAAUACCAUUGUCGUCUAAAAUCACACAUGAGAACACACACUGGAGAAAAACCUUUUUCUUGUUCACUCUGUAGUAAAGGUUUUACACAAAGUAUCAAUUUGAAAGUACACAUGAGAACACACACUGGAGAAAAACGUUUUUCCUGUUCAACCUGUGGUAAAGGUUUUACACAAAGUCAGAGUUUGAAAAGACAUAUUAGAACACACACUAGAGAAAAACCUUUUUCUUGUUCACUCUGUAGUAAAGGUUUUACACAAAGUAUCAAUUUGAAGGUACACAUGAGAACACACACCGGUGAAAAACCUUUUUCCUGUUCAACCUGUGGUAAAGGUUUUAGAGAAAGUCAACAUUUGAAAAGACACAUGAGAACACACACUGGUGAAAAACCUUUUUCCUGUUCUACCUGUGGUAAAGGUUUUGUUGAAAGUCAGAGUUUGAAAGUACAUAUGAGAACACACACUGGUGAAAAACCUUUUUCUUGUUCAAUAUGUGGUAAAGGUUUUGCACAAAAUCAGAGUUUGAAAAGACACAUGAGAACACACACUGGAGAAAACCUUUUUAUCUGUUCAAUCUGUGGUAAAGGUUUUGUUAAAAGUCAGGGUUUGAAAGUACACAUGAGAACACACAUUGGUGAAAAACCUUUCUCCUGUUCAAUCUGUGGUAAAUGUUUUACACAAAGUCAGGAUUUGAAAAGACACAUGAGAACACACUCUGGUGAAAAAUCACAUUCCUGUUCAAUCUGCAACAGAAGCUUUGGUGACCGAUCAACCCUUGUAAGACACAUGAGAAGACACCCUGGAGAGAAAGUGUUGAGUUGCAGUGUGUGUGGUGAAAGAUUGUCUUCUAAGUAGCAGUGUAAGAAACACAAGUGUGCUGGUGAGAACAGCAGCAGCAAAUGAAACUGCAGGAUUUGAAAUAAACUGUCCAGACUUUCAUUUUGACUUUCUAACAACAUCAGCACAUAUAACAUGUGUGACAUUGUUGUUUGUCUAACAAUCUGUUUAAUAUGCGCCUACAUUUAUAGAUUAAACAUUUUAUAUUAAUGCUUUUUUCAGUCAAGCACAUGCAUUAAUAUGCAACAUUGUGUACUUUUGUUAAAAAAUGGACAGAACAAUUUGAGUAAAAAAGUGAGAGUAAACAGUAAAAUACAUAUUUUACAUGCAAUAAACAUGUGUGUAUGUAUACACAUACACACACACACUCAUAUAUAUAUAUAUAUAUAUACUGUAUAUUCAUCAUACAAUUUUAGACCUAUUUAUAUGAAAUAUUGAAAUAUUACAUAUUUGUAUUUGUAAUUGUUAAUGAUCCCAUAGAUUAUCACCUUUAUAUGAUAUACAUAUGUACUGGUUCACAUCUGAAACAUCUUCUGGACCACUUCAGGAAGCAUAUUAUUAUUUACUUUAUACAUCAUUUGAACAGUUGUCUUUUAAACAAUUUUAAAAUGUGUGUCUUUUUGAAUCAUUUGUUGGGUCUCUAUAAUCUAUUUUAUUCAUUACCGUCAUUACUCUGUAUUAUGAUGAUUGUGUUGUGAUUAUUUUAUAUGUAUGUCCCCAGACCUUUAUGCAAUAUAAAAGUGAGAGAAAAUGGCUGAGUUUUUGUGGAAGGAUGGCUUUGUUUUUACAAACUUACAUUUGUGGAUAAAUCAAAUAAAUCCAGUAUUGUGUUUUAAACUUUU